GCCAACUCGCCGUUACCGUCGCACCGAUGCCGAUGGUCCGGUCGGAUGCGCGUGGUGCGCGGUGCAGCGGCUACGGCGGGCACUUGUUGCACGCGCGCCGCCUGCCGCCACGUGCGGGCCGCGCGGCAGCGGCCCAGUGCCGCGCCGGCGGGCGGACAGCGCACAGCGCCACACGCGCCGCAAUGCGCCCAUAGGAGUAUGCGGCUGCCCCUGCUGCCGCUGCUCGUGCUGCCGCUCGUGCUCGCGCGCCCGGCAGCAGCCGGGAUCUGCUGGACUGGGAUGGACCGCGGUGGGCGCUGCAGCUCGGUGGCCGCGUUGCGUGUGAGCCGCACUGACUGCUGCGCAGGUGCCAAGAACUCUCCUGUCGCAUGGAGUCCCGCAGACCUCGACAACGGACAAAUAUUCUUCUACAAGGCGCUUUCUGGAGGCGUACCUUGUAAUGCUUGUGCUGAAUCGUGCGCCAGCAUGCCAUGCGGCUCUGGUCGACGCUGUGUGGUGCGAGGUGGUCGCGCCAAAUGCGUGUGUGCCGCUGCAUGCCGCCGCGCUGGUCCGGUCUGUGGCAGUGAUGGCAAGACCUACCGCUCGCUAUGUCGGUUGCGACGACGAGCCUGUCGGAGGCCUGCUAAGCACCUGAGUUUGGACUACCCAGGACCUUGUCGAGUGGGUAGCUGUGAAGGCGUUCGAUGCGGCGGCGACAAGCGUUGUGUGCUCGAUGCUGAACUGGGCGCGCAUUGUGUGCGGUGCGGUGCGUGCAGCGUGGCGGGUGCACCCGUCUGCGCCGUCGACGGCCGCACCUACGCCGGCAUCUGCGCACUGCGCCGCGCCGCCUGCGAACGCGGAAAAGCCCUGCCGCUUGCCUACAGAGGACCUUGUAUUGCGAACGCAACCUGCGCAACGGUAACCUGCAACGCGGGGCAGCGUUGCAUGUCAGGCGGCGCUAGUGGCGCCCGCUGCGUGUCCUGCGGCUCGUGCGGCGGCGGGAGCGGCGGUUCUCGCCGCCCGCUUUGCGGCUCCGAUGCGCGCACUUACCCCUCCUGGUGCAGACUGCAAAGAGCUGCGUGCCAUGCCGGACGCGUUGUGGAUCCUAUGCAUCCCGGACCUUGCACAGGGAGCAAAAAUAUUACGAACAAUAGUGUGAAUUUUGAGAGAGGUGAUGACGACACGCGCGUUCUAUAGUCAUAGACUCUUCUAGAUUUUGUGUUUCACGGGAUUAAACAUAAUAUUUCGUUAUAUAUUGUGACGAAGAAAAUAGCAUAGCAACUGUACGUACUUUAAAAAAGUACUUUUGUGAAAUUCCUAAUACCCACUAUUUAGAAUUUACAUUCGACAAAUAUUACUCUUCUAUGAAUUUCAUUCUGUUAAAUGUAAAGUACAAUUUUGUUAGACGUAAAAUACAUUUAACAAAAUGAAAUUUACAUAGAAUUCAUUAAAUUGUACGUACAAGAGCAUCCUUUAAAAAAAGUAAUUAUUUGGCACUAGUUAUUCUGAAAAGUUUCUCGGAAGGGGUGCACGUAAUAUUCAUUUGAAAUUCGCUUCGAAGAAACGUGGUAAAGUACUCAACAUUUUUGUGAAAAAUGAUGAGAAACACUGUUUCGUCUUCAGAUUUGUACCAUAAACAAAAUCGGCGGUCAUUUUGGCACCUCGGCCACAUCCUCGAUAAAUCACUAUUACAUUUUUUAUGUACCUAUGUCGAUUUGCAAAGACCUACCCUGGAAUCGGGCACAUUAGUCACAGUUUUUAAGCCAGUUUAUCGUUUGAUGAUUUGGCCGGCUAAAGUUGUGGUAACGAGGGCACUUUACGAUGCACCCGAAUCUAUAAAAAAAAAUCAUACUACAAACAGCGGUUUCGUCUAUCCGAAGCCAUUGUCAUUAUGGCAGGUUCCUUUUCAAAAUUCGUAUUCGUAGUUAUAUUUCUAUAGUAGAUUAGUUAAAUUUACAGAACCUGUAGCACUUUUCAUACUUUGUAGAUAAAUAAUUCUAUAGUCUUAAUAACACAUAACACAUUACUAAUUAAAAUUUGAGCACCAAAUUGUACUUAAUAUUUAGUCAAAAUAUUUUAUCAAUACGUAGUUAGCACAAUGUUCGGGAUUUAUUAGGUGUUUCUUUAUUGUAGCGAAAUUUACUUUCCGUCUUGUUGUAUGCCGAUUCAAACAAAGCUUAGAGGUGAAGCAAAUUUCAUCGGACUGACAUAAAUAUUCUUAAUGAACUCUUAGAAUUUUAAGAUUAAGUUUACAUCACGAAACGUGGUAUUAACGCUUAUGCAAUAUUUAUUAAUAAGUUAUGAACUAUGAAGUUUAGUGCAAUAAUUUUAUUGAAAAUUUUGUAUGGAAUUUAUGUUUAAUUCUUUGUUUUUUUUAUUAAUUGAGGUCAGAUAUAGAGAUCUAAAAAAAUCGGACGCGUUUAGAAUAACUGUUAAUACGCUUUCAGUAUUAUGUGUAUGUAAGAGUUUUUUAAUUAUUAUUUCCGACAAGCCUUUUGUUAAAUUGCAAAAAAAAUUGGUGAUCUAUUUAUAGACUUUAGGGAAAAGUAAUUGAUUGUUACUUUUUUAAAUUAUUUCCAAAUAUUUUCCAAGAAUAAUUUUAGUGCGAGUGUAAUGGAAGGAAGCGUUGUGUGAUGCCACUGUACUUGUAGUGAGUUGACUCUCUUGACGUCCUGCUUAGCUUUAAAUAGUUUAAACGUUCGAUUUCUUAAGGUCCACAUUCGUAAAUAUACAUAAUUCGUUACAAAUUACUACGUUACCAUUUUUGUAUUCGUAGUUUUCACUUGUUUAAAUUCAAUGAAAAAUACAAGAGAAACACAUUUUUCAAGUAUUAUUUUGAUUUUUUUGUGGCACG